GUGCAGGCGAGUGGAGGAGGGAAAAAGUAAACAUGCAGCAUCUGUGAAGUGAACGAUAAGUUGUAACUGUUUUUAAACCAGAGAUGGCCUGCCUUCACGGAUAUCUGUCCGCACACGUUUGCACGGCGAGUAGUUUAAAGUAGUUUAACUUUCACUCUGUUUCAGAUAGUUUUACAGCAGCAUGUUUCACCAAAACUACCCGGCUAAAGUAUUUGUCAGCAGAUUGAUUCUCCUUCAUGUCCAGUUUAAUAAACGACAUGUAACAAUGUCAAUAGCGAAGCUAUCGGAAGAAAGCUCGCAGAGAGGCAGUUUACAGAUCAAUGCAGGCGGCAGAGGAGCAGACCUCAGUGAGGUGGUGACAGGCAGCAGGGGGAGUGAAAACAACCACACUGGAGGAAAGUUCACAGAGGAAGAGAUGACCAUCCAUAGAGUCCACACAGAGGCAUGUGAGGCAAAGAAGCAGAUGUAUGUCGACCCUUCCAGUGGGUACAAGGUGUUCACAGAGUAUGCCCACCUUCAGAGAGGGAAAUGCUGCGGCAGCGCAUGCAGACAUUGUCCAUAUGGCCAAGUCAACGUGAAGGACCCCGCAAUGAAGAAACAGUUUAACUCUCUAUUUUAUGUAUAGGCCCGACGUGACGGAGGUAAAACGCCUGCUCAGAAUGGAACCCAGAGCACGUUGCUUGUCUUCUGCCUGUCGUUAUUUGGACUGCUUGAGAGUCAUUUUUAGCAGUGUACCAAGUGAUGAAAUAUGGGUAGUGUCUGUGCAAUAUCUACCUCCUGUGAAUCACAACUAUUCUCAGGAUUAUUUUUAUUCUCGCAGGACAGGGGAGGAGGAGAAAGGAUUUGUUCACUAGAACCUCAUGUAAAAUAGUCUUUUAUCACA